CCAGAGGGCGCUGUGGCCCCGGCGCGCGGCGCGGAACCUCCCCCGGCGGCUCCGCCCCGUCCCGGCCUGCUUUGCGGGUAAACAGACAUGGCCGACGAGGAAGACCCACAGGACGCUGCGCACGACAUGGGCAACCACCUGCCGCUCCUGCCUGCAGAAAGUGAAGAAGAAGAUGAAAUUGAAAUGGAAGUUGAAGACCAGGACAGCAAAGAAGCCAAAAAACCAAACAUCAUCAAUUUUGACACGAGUCUGCCAACCUCACACACAUACCUGGGCGCUGACAUGGAGGAGUUCCACGGCAGGACUCUGCAUGACGACGACAGCUGUCAGGUGAUCCCGGUGCUUCCGCAGGUGAUGAUGAUCCUGAUUCCCGGGCAGACUUUACCUCUACAGCUUUUUCGCCCUCAAGAAGUCAGUAUGGUGCGGAACUUAAUUCAGAAAGACAGAACCUUUGCGGUGCUUGCGUACAGUAAUAUACAGGAAAGGGAAGCACAGUUUGGAACAACAGCAGAGAUAUACGCCUACCGAGAAGAACAGGACUUUGGAAUCGAAAUCGUGAAAGUGAAAGCAAUUGGGAGACAACGGUUCAAAGUCCUCGAGCUCAGAACACAGUCAGAUGGAAUCCAGCAAGCCAAAGUGCAGAUCCUCCCCGAGUGCGUGCUGCCUUCCACCAUGUCCGCCGUCCAGUUAGAGUCGCUCAACAAGUGCCAGCUCUUUCCUUCCAAGCCCGGCUCCUGGGAGGACCAGUACUCGUGUAAGUGGUGGCAGAAGUACCAGAAGAGAAAGUUUCAUUGUGCAAACCUGACGUCAUGGCCUCGCUGGCUGUAUUCUCUGUAUGACGCUGAAACUUUAAUGGACAGAAUUAAGAAACAGCUACGGGAGUGGGAUGAAAAUCUGAAAGAUGAUUCUCUUCCUUCAAAUCCAAUAGUCCUGUCCUGUGUUGAAGAUUUUUCCUACAGAGUGGCUGCCUGUCUUCCUAUUGACGAUGUGUUAAGGAUUCAGCUCCUUAAGAUUGGCAGUGCCAUCCAACGGCUUCGGUGCGAGUUGGACAUCAUGAACAAAUGUACUUCGCUGUGCUGUAAACAGUGUCAAGAAACAGAGAUCACAACCAAAAAUGAAAUUUUCAGCUUAUCCUUAUGUGGGCCGAUGGCAGCGUACGUGAAUCCUCACGGGUAUGUGCACGAGACACUGACUGUGUACAAAGCUAGCAACCUGAACCUGAUAGGGCGGCCUUCGACGGAGCACAGCUGGUUUCCCGGGUAUGCCUGGACCAUCGCACAGUGUAAGAUCUGUGCAAGUCACAUCGGAUGGAAAUUCACAGCCACCAAAAAAGACAUGUCACCGCAAAAAUUUUGGGGCUUAACUCGAUCAGCUCUUUUGCCCACAAUCCCAGACACUGAUGAUGAAUUGAGCCCCGACAAAGUCAUACUCUGCUUGUAAAGAGGUGGUAGGGAAUAGGAAAGCAACCAGUUAAUUGGUAUUCUCAUAUCUGCUUUGGAAAUUAAUGCACACAGCGAAUCAUCACUUAACAGCACCUGUGUAUGGCGGACUGCUUACUCAUGCCCACCGUGGGUUGUGGAAGUGUACGUGCAGUGAGUCCUGUGAACACCAUUCUGGCAACAGUGUUCACCAACGGGGAAAGGAGUGACCGUGUAUAUUAUUGUAAAAGGUAUUUGUUCCUUUCAAUUUUCUGUAGCUUCUGAUUUGUAAAUUUUGAAAAUAUUAAAAUUACCCACCUUUAGUCUGAAAAAGA